GUGGGUGGUGGUGGUGGGUGGGGGGUGAAGUCGGCAGCGAAGAGGCGAGGCAAGACUAUAGGCAUUCUGUCAUCGACCACCGUACGAUUGAGCAUUGAUUAUUGUGGUAGUUGUUGUUGUAGAGGCAAGCGAUCGUGAAGUGACACGUUAGCGACAGCGAGUGGCGGGUACAGUGCUCGCCACGUGUUUUAAUAGCGACGCCGUGAGGAGGCGACUGUUGUUGUAGCUGUGGAGCGAGACUGACGAUACGCACACAGUGUACAAUAGUCGUGAUCAGGGACAGACGGUGUGAUUAGUGUAGGCGGGGGAGGGUAAUGUGCAGAGUUAGAGGGUAAAGAACGUGGCAGCCGCUACAGUGUUAGUAGUGCCGGGUCGUAGCCAGCGUCACGGCGUUAGACUUCAGUGUUAGCGUUGAUCUUCUUUGUUUUGUUUCUUUUGUAUCCGCCUACCUCCAUCGGAAGAAUAUCCUACCAAAGAUUUGCAACCAUGGGGAUUCACCCUCUGAUCCAGGCGUUAAUUGACACCAGCGCGGGCACGGCAGGUGGCAUAGCCUGCGUCUACAGCGGGCAACCAUUUGACACGGCCAAGGUGAAAAUGCAGACCUUUCCCAAGCUGUACAAUGGCUUUGUAACCUGCUUGGGCCAGACGUACCGCACCGAGGGCAUCAGGGGCCUCUACCGCGGCAGCGUCCCCGCUCUCAUCGCCAACAUCGGCGAGAACGCCAUGCUUUUCCUCUGCUAUGGCUUCUGCCAGCGCCUCGUGGCAAAGCUUUCUCACCUCCAGGAGGGCAGUCGACUCAGUAACAUGCAGAUGGCCACAGCCGGUUCCCUCGCGGCCGGGUUCACGGCGAUCGUCAUCUGCCCCUUGGAGCUCGUCAAGUGCCGCAUGCAGGCCAUGCGGGAAAUGCACGCGGCCGGCAAGACCAUGUUCAGCAUGGCCGACUGCACGGCUGUGGCGGUAACGAGGAAUGUGCUGCGUGUCGACGGACUCUUGGGGCUUUAUAAUGGACUCAGCAGCACGUGGCUGCGUGACAUGCCCGGCUACUUCUGCUUCUUCUGGGGGAACGAGGUGUGCAAGACACUGUUCACGCCCCCCGGCAAGACCAAAGACGACCUGGGCGCACUCCCACUACUGGUGAGUGGUGGGAUGGCAGGCGUCUUCCUGUGGGUGGUCGUCUACCCCUUGGACAGCGUCAAGUCUCGCAUCCAAGUCAUGUCCAUGUCAAGCCGCCAGCCUGGUUUCCUCGCCGCGACAGCCUCUAUCAUCCGUACUGAUGGCAUAAUGGCUCUCUAUUCCGGGUUCACCCCGACCAUCAUCCGAGCCUUCCCGGCUAACGCUGCGCUGUUCCUCGCCUACGAGUUUACCAGGUCGUCCUUGAUGCGCCGAGCGCAGUAGGCUCAGCAGAAGAGAAGGUCUACACGGCAACAGAGGGGUCCGCAGUGAGGAAGCGUGGAGCACACUGCACGUGGACUGAUGGAGGAAUAUACCUCUCACGGAAUUGUUACUGCGUCACGGGCAGUGCGGGGUGCAUCUCUUGUAGUAGCACUUGUGUUUUCUUUGACGUCACAGUUUUAUCGCUAUUCUUUUUUUUUACACGCUGCCACAACCACCUUUUUUUCUACCUAAUGCCUCCUCUCUUUUAGAUUCCUCCUUAUAAAGCAACCACAGAUGGAUGCAAUGUUCCAAGAUGCAUCUAUGCGAAUGCGAUUCACAGGAGGCAUAGCUCUAUCGGUGCUACUAACGCUUGGAGUGUAUUUUGUUUAACUCCGGUGAGAACUCAAGAGACGGGGGAUAGUCUCGUUUGCAAGCGUAACCUGCGUUACCAAAAUGAUAAAGGAAAUAAAAGAAAGUACAGCAAUGAAGCAAAUAUAAAUCACAGGACGUUUACAAUGAUGGACCACUUUUGUGGAGCCCAAUUCCAGCAGGCAUGGUGUUAUUUAGAAGCGUAUCUUUGCCUUGACAUUGGGCCAAAUUUGGGCGUGGUGUGCUCUUCUGACCAUUUGUUAAUGCCAUUUAUAUUGAUCUGUAUAGAGUGCAAAUAGAAAAAUAACUGGGUGUGUGCAGUGCGCCUGCGUGUUGGUUACUCGUGUCAUUUUGUUCCGCGGUGCGAAAUUGUAAAUUGCACUAAAAGCAUUGCAAUAUACUUUUCUGUAAUAUUGUCAGACAUUAAUGAAGCCUUUAUUGAUGGUUAAUUCAACUCUAUAACCUUGCAAAACUGUAUGCUUUCAAAACCCAACCAUUGAGAGUUGAUGGAAGUUAUUUUUAAAAGACACCACAUUUUCUUGUUUUCUAGUUUAAACACUGGUGCAUUGCAUCUGUUAUGUAGUUGCAGCACAUCAGAAUGCGUGACCAAUUCAUCAUACCUUGAAACAAAUUUCUCUAUGUUCAACAGCCACAGGAAAUAUGAGUGUGCAAGUUGGUUUUCAUGUUAAUGAGCACUUGUCAGCAUGCAAUGCCUAUUCGUAUACGUCAAUGAAGACUGAAACUGACCCUUUCAGUAAAGUAGAGUAAUUAUAUACCAUUCGUGCAAUACAACGUAUAAUGACGCAAUGUCCAGUCCACAAAUUCGAAAGAGCCAUUACAGCGAUACACUCUGCUGCUUCGGACUCGGUUAUCUGGCUUGACCCACGUGAAUGUGAAAUUGUGGUUGUUGUUCUGCAUCUACAUCAGCCACGCGAAAGAAGAAGUGCCAUGUUCUAUAAUGUGCACUUGAAUUAAGCAACCUCCUAAUAAGUAGCAUAUCCAGCAGUCUCAAUUGACUUGAGAUUCAGUGACAAGCUUCUCUUGAACGCCAACUGGUGGAAUUGAUUUGUGGAGUCACUUGUGACUUAUUCUGAUGAAGCACAUCCUAUCCUUUUUUAACGGCAGCGCACAACUGACAAUUGCAGUGUAUGGGGUUGUCACUUUAAUUGUAAUCAAUAGUGAUUGAUUUAAUCCUUCAAUCCCCUUUAACAACCAUUGUAAGUUUUUUUUUUUAUCUUUCAUUUUGGCUCUGAACUUGUUCAUGAUUAUUGAGCGUUUAGUGUAGAAGUUGAAUACCGCAAACCAUCGCUGAACGCUCCCUGAGGUCUGCUCGUUGGUUUAUUUUACCCACGUCUGGAAGGCAUUCCUUGCAGGAAAUUUGCAGCAGAUGUUUUAUUCUCAGAUGCCAUAUAUGUCAUGAAGUUGCUGUGGUGGUGACAUUGACCCCAAAUCCCGCUGUGUCGGGGUUGGGGGUUUCAGUGAAGUAAUUGUGGACUGGAUUGAGAGCUCACCAAACUCAAUACAUGUGAGAGAAGCAUUUUAUUCUGGGUGCGAAACCCCGGCUCAAAUCCGUAAUAGGUGCCCGCUGAAUACUUGAACAUAGACAUUAUUCUCCAGUCUCACAAAGCCACCUCCCAUAACACCUGAUUCCUUGAUUUUGCAUUAUAGAGCUAAAACUAUUCAAUGGCGAUCACUAUUUUUGCUCCGUAACAAGCCUUGGGGAGCUCGAUAUAUAAGCUCGUGUUUGCAUGGUGUGAUUAAUCGCUGUCGUUCGGUCUCUUGCCUCGUUUUCUGUAACACGGGAAAGUGAAAUUCACAGCUGUUGUGAGUAGUCACACCUGUAAUGGGAGCGGUAUUCUUCUUUGUGUGCUUUGGUGCCUAUUGUGCUGUAACGAGCGGUUGGUUGAUUGAUGCACAUGUGUAGUAAUCUCUUGAGACUAAAGCUGUGUGGUCAUUAUUUCUGAUUGUUCUUUUACAAAAGAUUGUUUAUUUCCCAGAAAAAUGUAUCCUGAUUACGCGUGACUAGGGAGUAGAUCUGACUGCGCCGUGUUGGGUUGUAUUUUUUUAUCCAUUAGAAUAACACAUUUUACACAGUGUAUGUGAUCAUUCAAGUGGCAGAAUAUGGAAAAUUGUCAUUUUUGCUAACAAAAAAUUGCCUCGCUUAUUUUCAAGCGAUUAUUUUCUGGAACCCAGAAAAAUUCACUUUAUGUAGAGUUUAAUCUGUCUUUGGUUGGUACUUUAGUUUGAGUUACACAGUUCACGUGAUCACCAUAAUAAUAUUGUAAUUUCCUAUGUGUCGAACACUUGCCUUUAACGUCGAUCAUACUGUAAAAUGAACUUGUGAAAAAUA